UUAUGUUUGGGCUCCAGCACGAAGGGAAAGUAAGAAUAAAAAUAUAAUAAAAUUACAAUGAAAUUAAAAAUGAGUUAUCGGUAUUUUCCCAGGCAGAGCGAAGAGGAACACGAGCUUUUAACGUGAAACGCAGAAACGGCGUUUACCUCAAAUCAUAACGCUUAUAACGUCACUCGAGUGUUUUAACACUUUUACAGAUAUGCUGAAGUUUUUCAGAGGAAUCCUGGCAGAGUUGCAGUUUCUAGGCUAUGAAGGACCAACUGGGUGAGCCGGUCUUCUACAGCGCCACCCUGAGGCAGAGCAGAGCUGCAGCUCUAGUUAGUUAAGACCACCAGAGACAGAAGCUGAUUGUGGCAGUCUCUCCAUUCCUGAAGAUACUCACCAGUGCAGGAUGGAGGACAGAGCCCAGACGGCUGGCGUUUUCCUGCAGCUCCACCUGCUGGACGACUCUGAAACGUCCUGCACCAAGUCAGUAGGAACUGAUCUCUCCAUGGACGACAUCAGAACCCUGCAGGCUGAGGUGUGGAGGCUGAGAAACGCCAUCGCUGUGCUGGAAGGAAAGCUGAGUCAGAGGGCAGAGACGCUCUCUAAGGAGGUCCGAGGGUCUUUCUUGGUGUUUUUGAAGAAAAGACUCCCGUUUCCUGAGGUGGAGGACGGACCCAUCCUGUGUUCCGUCUGUAAAGCGAAACUAAAUCAUACUCAAGCCCAGAACUCUGAACUCACAGCUGGAGACCAGAGCUCGUUGCAGGUCGAGGAGGAGGAGGGUGUGUCCAGUGUGAAUCCUGAGUGUGAAGCUGAAGUGUCGUCCGUAUUCAUACCGGAUUCUGUGGGCCAGAGUGAGCAGCAGGACGGGGCCAGCCUCUCUCUGCAGUGCUACACUGACCCAAACCCUACAGAGGGUGUGGAGUCCAGCUGUACCGCUGCAGCUCAGACCCCCUUAAAGACGUGCUCGGUGAGGCUGGAGGACUGCAGGACCAUGAUGGAGCUGAGUGGACGGAGCGACGGGGACGGCAGCGAUCGCGAAGACAACGACUUUGUUCCCUCCGGUGAUGAUGAGAACUGGUCACCUUUGUCUGAAGACAACAGAAGGAGAAACCGUAAUCCAUCUGAACACCGGAGUCAUCCAUCAGGUGGCCUGCAGGCUCCAGAGGAGGUUCGACGUAGAGAGAAGCUGUUCACCUGUUCGCAGUGUGAGAAGAGAUUUGCCACUUCAAGAAGUCUUGCGAUGCAUGUGAAAAGGCACAAGAAGAACCUCCAUUGUGAGGAGUGCGGCAAGGGUUUCGUCACGCGAAAGGAGCUGAAGCUGCACGUGACAAGGCAUACAGGGACGAGGGAGUUCACGUGCCACAUCUGUGGCAAGCAUUUUGCUGAUUCGUCGCGACUCAGCGUCCACUUGAAGACCCACACUGAAGAAAAGCCUUUUGGCUGUAACGAAUGCACCAAGAGCUUCAGGACUAAAGGAACUCUUACGCUCCACCUGAGGACACAUACCGGGGAAUGGCCGUUCAGAUGCUCCUACUGCAGUAGCGCCUUCAGUCAUGGGACGCACCUGAAACUUCACGAGCGCAUCCACACCAACGAGAAGCCGUUCAAGUGCUCUCACUGCGAGAAGACGUUUGCACGGUCGGAAAGUCUGAAGGCGCAUGAGAGAGUGCACACCGACCAGAGGCCUUUCCGGUGCCCGCACUGCGGGAAGACUUUUAGGCAGAGGACUCACCUGCUGUGUCACAAGAGAUCUCACACCGGGGAGAAACCUUACCUCUGCGCCGACUGCGGGAAGAGGUUCUCCGAUUCAACGCACUUCAGGGAGCACAGAAGAAUUCAUACCGGAGAACGUCCUUUCCGGUGCGCCGCAUGCGGGAAAGGCUUCAGCAAAAAGAACACGCUCCGCCAGCACGAGAAAACGCACACCGGAGAAAAGCCGUACACGUGCCCUCAGUGCGGGAAGGCCUUCGCCAGGCCUUGCGUUCUGAGAACCCACCAGAGGAUUCACUCCGGUGAAAAGCCUUACCGGUGCUCCAUCUGUGGCCACACGUUUGCCUUUUUGAGUUCUCUAAACAAACACAAGCUAAAGCACACUGUGGACUCCCCACUGGACUCGUAGCAGCUUCUGUUUCCACCGAGUGUUCAGAUCUUUUAUUCACAAAGGGUUCUUCAAGGGUUCUUUAGUUAUAAAAAUGGCUGUAUAUAGCGCCAAAAACAUUUGCAUAACUUAAGGUUCUUUGCAUCCUGAAAGGGUAUUUCAGAAUAUGCUGUAGAUGGUUAGAUCCAUCUUCAAAUCAUAAGAACCAUCUACAUCACAUUCUCCAUCAAGCUGCAGAACCUCUUCACGAUGCAAAGAACCCUUUAUUCAUGUUCAAGUGUUCUUUUGGUGAUCAUGGUUCUAUAUAGAACCAUUUUUUUGUUUUUUUAAUAAAAAAAAAAAUUGAGUGCAUAUGGUUUGAAAUAGAACAUUUCUGAAAAGGGUUCUAUAUAGCACCAAAAAGGGUUCUUCUGUUGUUAUGAUGUCAAGCUUGUAACAAUACAAAUUUUUUCCCUAUACAGAGCCCUUUUCGAAAAGGUUCUAUAUAGAACCAUCUACAGCACAUUCCAUUCCAUCAGUCUGAAGAAUUUUUCAUGCAAAAGGGUUCUUUGGGCGCUCAUGGUUGUAUAUAGAACCAUUUUCUUUACUAAAGAGAGGGUGCACAUGGUUCUAUAUGGAAUAUUUUUGAAAAGGGUUCUAUAUUGCACCAAAAAGGGUUGUUCUGUUGUUAUGAUUACAAGCUCUUACAAUACAAGAACGUUUUUAAAAAAAAAUCUACAUAGAACCAUCUACAGUAUAUACUGAAGAACCCUUUCACAAUGUAAAGAACCCUUUAAUCAUGCAAAGGGUU